UGUCUAGCUUGUCCAGCUCAGACUCCACGACCCGCUUUAAAUACACAGAGUAGUGCUCUCAAUACCUCGACGGCGACCUCUCCGAUCACUACAUCCACCUUUUCACCCACCACUUCAUCCAUCUGUUCACCCACCACUUCACUCACCACUUCAUCCACCUUUUCACCCGCCAUUUCAUCCACCAUUUCACCCGCCACUUCAUCCACCAUUUCACCCGCCACUUCAUCCACCAUUUCACCCGCCACUUCAUCCACCAUUUCACCCACCACUUCAUCCAUCUGUUCACCCACCACUUCACUCACCACUUCAUCCACCUUUUCACCCGCCAUUUCAUCCACCAUUUCACCCAACACUUCACCCUCCACGUUUCCUGUGACCAAUGGGAAAAGUCCAUCUACAUCGACUACAGAACUCCCGAAGUAUCCAGGCUACAUAAUUAACAGUGGCGGCCUUACCGUGUCACUAAACUUCACCAUCAAGUUCAACACCCCCUUCAAUCCAGACCUUCAUAACCAAUCGUCAAACGCUUUCCGAGAAGCAAAACAGAACUACACCAUAAUGCUGACACCAAUAUUCAACAAGACAGACUCGUUUGACAGAAUUGAGAUUACUAAGUUCUGGAAUGGCAGUAUAGGAGUUGCUUAUACAGUUGUAUUACACGCGUUUGAUGUCACAGACAUCCAAGGCAUCCUCGAAAAUGAUGUGGAGAAGAACUUGACAAACUAAAAGACGUUGACAAAGAUUACAUCAGGAAUGUUUUUCAGGGAGAAAAGGCUUCAGCUAUCGAGAAACUUACACUUGUGGACAAAGACCCGGUGUUAUGCUGACAUUCCCUGCGAUCCAUUUUUCACGUGUGAGAAUGGAUUCAAGGCAACUACAUCACGUGCAAAAGCCCUUGUGAAGGCGUCUCGUG